CGUCAGCCCGCAAGCUCCUCCCCCGGUGGUGCCUCUAAACACGUCUUUCCGCUUACUUCCUCCUCUCUUUUGCCGCCAUCGUAGGGUGUGUGGUUGACUCUUCGCCAUGUCUUCUCACAAGACUUUCAGGAUCAAGCGGUUCCUGGCCAAGAAACAAAAGCAGAAUCGGCCCAUUCCCCAAUGGAUUCGGAUGAAAACUGGUAAUAAAAUCAGGUACAACUCCAAGAGGAGACAUUGGAGAAGAACCAAGCUGGGUCUAUAAGGAAUCGCACAGGAGAUGGCACCACAUAUUUAUGCUGUGUCAGGGUUGCUUAGAUCUUAAUCAUGGCACUGAAAAGAUUGCUACUAUCUAAACAGUUGGGUGUGCUUUAUUGGGAAGUUUUAGGGAAAAUGAGUUUCUUCCUGAUAUGUUUCUGCACUAGUAGGUUGGUUCAGUAAUAAAUACGUGAGGCCUUCUAAA